CCGCACUUUUCGGCCACACCCACAGCCACAGGACCACGCCCACCCAGCUGGCUCGCAGCAGCCACGCCCAGAAAGUGUGUUUGUUCUGGAGCGAGUGGACGGGAAGCGCGCUGAGGAGGAGCAGCAGAGUGUGUCCAGCGUGGAGACGUCGGAGCCAAACCAAAUUUCUGGACGGGACUGCAGUGCAAUGAGAAGCCCCGUGGUCUAGAGCCAGAUGAUCCCGGGCCACACUGACUAGCAGAUAUGGCAUCCGUCAAUAAAAACGGAAGCAGCUCGCGCCUGCAGAGCCGGAAACCUCCUCACCUCUCCAUUACCAUCCCUCCUACUGAAGCCGAGCGGGAAGCCAAGCAAUUACGGCCCCUUACCAAACCUCUGUACCAAAAGAGCGUCAGCCUGCAAGAACCAAGGAGGGUAGAAGACAGCGCCACAGGUGACAGGCCCGGCUUUAGAAGACAAACGUCGCUUUCACAAAGCAUAAAAAAAGGUACAGCGCAGUGGUUCGGUGUGAGCAAUGACUGGGAAGGAAAGAGACAGCAGUGGCAGCGCAAAAGUCUUCGUCACUGCAGCCUUCGUUAUGGAAAGCUUAAACCCCAAUACCAAAGGGAUAUGGAGCUGCCCAGCCAGGAGACUCCCUCCUUCCAGACCACGGAGUCUCCUGCCACCUGUCGGCUGCCCAAGAUCGUGGAUCCAUUGGCACGAGGACGUGCAUUUCGACAUCCGGAUGAGGUGGACCGGCCAAGAACCCCUCACGCCGGAGUUGCCCCAGUGACUCCUGGAGUAAUGUCACUGACGUCCUUCACUAGCGUACGCUCGGGGUAUACCCGUUUACCACGGCGCAAGAGGGAAAGCGUGGCACACAUGAGCUUUCGUGCUGCGGCUGCUAUUAUUAAGGGUCGCCCCAUAUUAGACACCCCCCACAGCCGAAAAGCUGGGCAGAAAUGCAGCUUUGCUUACCCUAGCUUCAUGGAUGAGGAUACGGUGGAUGCCCCGGACACUCUGGAUUCCUCCUUCUUCAGUAAGGUUGACAUGCAUGAUGAAACCUUCUCCAUGCCUGACGAUGUCUUUGAAUCUCCCCCCUUAUCUGCGGCUUACAGAGCGCACAUGCCAACCCCUGAACUUAAGUUAGAAGGACCCAUAGCAACCGUUAAAGAACCUAUGAAGCCCUCUCCAACCCUGCCUGGACACCCACGUAGAGGGAAGCGCAUUGCUUCUCAGGUGAAGCAUUUUGCAUUUGAUCGGAAGAAGCGUCGCUAUGGCUUGGGAGUGGUGGGGAACUGGUUAAAUAGGACUUACAGAAGAAGUAUCAGCAGUACUGUGCAAACCCAGCUGGAACAUAUCGACAGCCACAGACCUUAUUUCACAUAUUGGAUGACAUUCGUUCAUGUGCUUAUCACUCUCCUCGCCAUUGGUACAUAUGGCAUUGCACCCAUUGGAUUUGCCCAGCACACCACCACAGAACUAGUCUUACGAAACAAAGGCGUAUAUGAAAGUGUGAAAUACAUCCAGCAAGAAAACUUCUGGAUAGGUCCGAGUUCAAUAUCUCUCAUCCACUUGGGAGCGAAGUUUUCCCCUUGCAUACGGAGAGAUGCCCAAAUCGAGAGCCUGAUUAAAAAAGAGCACGACCUAGAGCGAGAGUCCGGCUGCUGCGUUCAGAACGAUAAUUCGGGCUGUGUACAGACACAACGUCGAGAAUGCUCGGAAACCUUGGCUUCUUUCGUAAAGUGGCCAGAACAUAAUGCUCCUUUACUUUUUGAGAAGGACGGCGAGAGGAGAGUGUCAGGGGCAGUGUGUCAUCAGGACCCCCGGACUUGUGAGGAGCCCGCCUCCAUUACACCCCAUGUCUGGGCUGAUGACAUCACUAAGUGGCCAAUUUGCACUUACCAACCCAAAAACAACCACACUGGCUUUAAACACAUGGACUGUGAAAUCAAAGGAAGACCAUGCUGCAUCGGUACCAAGGGAAGUUGUGAAAUUAGCACAAGGGAGUACUGUAACUUCAUGCACGGCUACUUCCACGAAGAGGCCACGCUUUGCUCACAGGUCCACUGCCUGGAUGAGGUGUGCGGCCUGCUGCCUUUUCUAAAUCCCGAAAUCCCUGAUCAGUUUUAUAGACUGUGGCUGUCGCUUUUUCUACAUGCUGGGAUUAUCCAUUGUUUGGUAUCAGUGAUUUUCCAGAUGACGAUCUUGCGUGACCUAGAGAAGCUGGCAGGCUGGCUUCGUAUCUCCAUCAUCUACAUACUGAGUGGUAUUACAGGGAACCUAGCCAGUGCCUUAUUCCUGCCCUACAGGGCCGAGGUUGGUCCAGCCGGAUCUCAGUUUGGUCUUCUGGCAUGCCUUUUCGUUGAACUUUUCCAGAGCUGGCAAAUCUUAGCCAAGCCAUGUAAGGCACUCUUCAAGCUUUUUGGCAUUGUUCUCUUUUUGUUCCUCUUUGGACUUCUUCCAUGGAUUGAUAACAUAGCCCAUAUUUUUGGCUUCAUCAGUGGUCUUCUGCUCUCAUUCGCCUUCCUCCCAUACAUUACGUUUGGCACAGCUGACAAGUACCGCAAAAGAGCUAUGAUCAUUGUCUCCAUGAUGGUUUUUAUAGGUCUUUUUGCCUCUCUGGUGAUCUGGCUCUAUGUUCAUCCAAUCAACUGGCCUUGGAUUGAAUAUCUUACCUGUAUUCCCUUUACCAACAAGUUUUGUGAGAAAUAUGACAUAGACCAGGUGCUCCAUUAACAUGCCAGCCUCCAAACCAUGGAAGCUACUUGAAAGAAGAACAUAAAGGUCCUGAAGAUCUCAGAAGACUGAGCUCAGAUUCAAACAUGACCCGGAUUUUGAUAUUAACUUGAACAUGACCACUCUGGGCAAUAUGUACUUGAAUUUUUUUUUAAUGCCAGUUGUGAGCUUUGAUAGAUCUGAGCCAAUUCUCAAGUCAAUCCAAAUCUCCGUGCCUGCUCAUGGAUCCACUGGUUUGACUAUGGAGGUUAUUUGGAGAAGCCAAAAGAGGGUGAAUGAGCUUUGCAAAGACUGGAAGACCUCAUCAGCUCAGGAAUCUCCCCCUAACUUAUGCAUUAUCAACGUUAAAACCCCUGACUGCAGAGGUAAUGGGAAAAUAUCCUGCAUGGCUGUAUUUAAGAAGCUGAAUGAAUGGGAACAUUUAUAGAAAAGAACCUCACGUUCUCAUUCCAAGUUGCUUUUUUUUUUUCUUCUGAAAACGCUGUCUCUGAUGGACACUGAGACUCACUUCAGUUUACAGACUAAACUCUGGGAUAGCGAAAACCCUAGGGGUUAAACACUAGGCCCUGACCUGUGAGGUUAGGGGCACUUAGCCAUUUCUGCAAAAUGAGCACACGCUACUUAAUUUGGGCCAAAGUAUGGUCCAUUUUCAGCCUUUUCAUAAACUCCAGCCCUAUUCAUUUCCAUUAACCUCAACCUUCUUCCAACCCAUAUUUACAUCCUCCACCUUUUGUAAAAAAUAAAAUAAAAUAAGCCUUCCUUUAAAGGGUUUUUCAGGCUACAGAUAUUGAACACCUAUCCUCAGGAUAGGUCAUUAAAUAUCAGUUCGGUGGAGGACCCCAACCAAUCAGCUGUUUUGGGCAGCCACAGCACCAGAACUUUUCAGUGUAUAGAGCAAGAAGCAGAGGGUUCUGUCCACUGUGCCAGCACCAGCAUACUGCCGCUCAACUCCCAAUCACUGGUGGACAGAACCUUCUGCUUCUACACUGUAUAGCUUCUGACCACUGCCCAAAACAGCUGAUUGGUGGAGUGUUGCUUGUCAGACCCCCACCCAUCUGAUAUUGAAGACCUAUAGGUCAUCAGUACCUAAGUCCCAGAAAACCCUUUUAAAGAGGACCUGUCAGUGCUUAAAACCUGCGUUUUAAUAAAUAUUUGCAAGCCUUUAGUUGGAGCUGUGAUUUGUGCCUAUCCCCUCUUGUUCCUCCUAGUCAUUUAUGAAUUAAUUGACAACUGGGUGUUACCAACUGGGGAUGUGUCCCUGCUUGCUCUGAUUCUAUUCUAUCAGUGCUGACUGCCAGCUGUGUAGACAUAACCCCACUGCAAAGGGAAUGGUAUCAUCCAGCUAUUAGUUUAUUCGUAAAUAUUCAGGAGGCAUAAAAGAGGAACGGCACAACACAGAUGUAUAAGAAAAGAUGCUUCAGAAUUGUUAUUCCAAGGGCAAUACCGGUAUUUACUAAGGCGGAUGAAGAAGAGGUGACUGAACUAGUUAGAUGGAUGUCUAACUACUUAACAUCCAUAAGGACUUUAUCCUGUGAUUCCAGGACUGACCAUAAUUAUUAUGGUUCCACAGCUCUUGAAGAUUUGAGAAACUUUAAAGGGUUUGUUCACCUUUCAGUAGACCCCUGCUCAUGGCCAGACCUGAGAGAGGAAAUAUACUUACCUGCUCCCUCUCUCCCCCGCCGCCACUCUCGGGUCCCAUGCCGACACCAUCCAAUUUAACACUGCUGCAGCCAAUGACUGGCCACAGUGCUGACCUGUCCCCUUGCCGUCGCAUAACCAACUGACAUCACGCAAGGGUGGCACGUCACUGCUGCGGCCAGUUAUUGGCUGCAGCAGCUUCAAACCGGAUGGGGUGAGGUAGGUAGGUAUGCUUCCCUUCACAGGUCAAGCCAUGAGUGGAAGACUUCUUGGUGAUGAGCAACCCCUUUUAAGGGACAUUUAUGUUUCCAACCCCAUCUCCCCCACACCUUGGCCCUGAACGAAGUCACCUCCAGCAUACCCUGUGAUUUCCAGAUAAGAGCAUGUCUGGAUAGGCAGGCACCUUCUUCGUCUUCUUGAAAUGAAGCUGAAGUUAUGACUUCCGUCAGAUAAACCAGUCACUUCCAGACCUGCAGCCCUUUCCAGAUAACGGCGAAGAGGGACACCAUGUUCCCCACCUCUCCAGUCCUAAGCAAGGACAUCAGGGAUCUCCUGUACCUCACAUCAGGUUAAAAUUCACGUAUAUCAGGGACACAGUGUUCUCUAUGUUUUUGCAUUAAUGGACCAAAUUCAUGCUCAGUGAAUUACAAAGACAAUCGCUCUCACUGUGCAAACGUCUGCAAGAUGAAUCUACUGAAAAUGAGAAAGGGCUUUAGUUUUUUUUUUCCAGAGAGAGUAGAAUAUUUUUUAACGUAAGACUUUUGCAUGGAACACUUGGAUUUUAAAUGAACCCUUUGCUGCGCAACAGGGUCAGCUCUGCAAAGUGUUGCCAACCAUUUAUGGAGUGAAUGUUGAUUUUGUACUAGCGCUGUUCUGAUGUCACGAGACAUAUGCAAAUCAAGUAGUUUUUGCUGCAUUUUUUUUUCCUGUGAAAUGUUUAUAUUUAAUUUAUUUAAAGCGAGACUUCACCAGCGUUCUCUCCCCUUUACAGCAGAGAGGAUGGGGGUUGUGAUACAGCAGCUGUUCCGGGUGCUUCAUGACUGGUUUAACCCAGGAGCACUGAACAGCUUUUGAAAUAAAACACUCAUUAUGUUUCCA